CCCCUAUGGCUGAGACUGGGCCUCAGUAUGGGGAGCACGAGCUGGCUUCACACUGACAAUCCUCCUGUCUCAGCCUUUAGAGUAGUAGGGAUUACAAAGAGUGUCACCAUACCCGGCUGGAGUCCUUUCCUUAGUCCUGGUAGAAGGGGCACUGGUCAAAUUCCAGUGUCCUUGAGAUAAACGGCUUUAGGGAGAGUACUAUACGCUGGUCCCUGGAUACAUUUGUCGUGAUACUGAGUUUUCCGUGAUCUCCAGUCAGGUAAUGUGGCAUUUGGGGUUGGUGUACGCUUCCCUCAGGGAAAAUCAAUGUUUCUGUAGCUGUGCCUGGUUGAAGAAGAGGCGUGGCGUAAAUGUUGAAACAGGCUCACCUAGCUGGGGACACUCGGUCUCUUAGAGGCUGGAGUUCAAGCUUGAAGCUCAUUGGCUCAGGAGAUGUAAGUGACAGAGCCUGGGCCAAUCAGUGAAGGCACUGAUACCACCGCUUCCUGUCGGGGCUACCCUGAGCUUCCUCUACGGAACCGCCUCUCUCCUUGCUCGCAGGGAGUGGCGGGUGUCAGGGCUUGGUCCUCGCCUGCCGUUUCCUUCGGAUCUUCAUGAAUAUGCCUUCAGCGGUUCCGGCGCUCACGGGAGGGAGCGGCCCGCAUUGACUCGGCGGAGGAGGACUCAGGCCGCUAGACAGGUAAUUCGGCGCCUGUGAGCGCGUCACGGCGCCCGCCCAUAAGCCGUGACGUCACCACUCGCGCCUGCGAUUGGCUCCGAGAAGGCUGCUGCGUCCAAUGGCGGCCUUGCCUGGCACGCGGCCCUUGAAGCACGUUCUGCCCACGCAGCCCAUCCCGGGGCCGAGCACUACAACGUGCGGGCCGGUUUUCUUCGAGAUUUCCCGCGGAAAGGGCCUUUCUGUUGGGUUGUGGAGACAGGGGCAAGGGUAACGUCGAAGGCUCUCUUGGUUGGGGAUCCAAGCAAGAGCUGUGGUCUCAGAGCUGGUUUAAGAGACGUGAAAGUGGGUGUAACGUUUUGGUCCAGUCGAAUAAAGUGGCGUUGCUGUUGAAACCAUUCGACUGUCUGCCUCCCGAAACAGCGUGAGUUCCCUGGGGCCCCCAGCCACCUUAUUAAGCCUAAAGAAAGGCGCGAUAAAGUCUUGUUGAAAGAAUAAACGACCGAGUAACGGUCAGUGCAAGCUGUCCAGAUGCCUCCAAAACUCGCUAAGAGCCAAUGGUCAUUUUUUAAAAAUAUUUAUUUAUUUAUUGUGUAUACAGUCUUCUGCCUGCAUGCCAGUGGAGGGCACCAGAUCUCAUUCAAGGUGGUUGUGAGCCACCAUGUGGUUGCUGGGAAUUGAACUCAGGACCUCUGGAAGAACAGUCACCCGCCAAUGGUCAUUUUCAUCAUUAAGUACUGUUGUAUUUAGUAAGCUAAGAGUGUGUUGUCACUUAAACCUUUAAUCCUAGUACUCGGGAGGCAGAGGCAGGCGGAUCUCUGUGAGUUUGAGACCACCUUGGUCUGCAGAGCGGGUUCCAGGACAGUCUCCAAAACAAUACAGAGAAACCCUGUCUCGGAACCCCCCCAAAAUUUUUUUGAUUUGCUAUUAUCGCAAACAAUUCUGCGAAGUAGAUGCAAACAAGAAGGCUUCCACCCUCCACUCCUUUUUCUUCUUCCGAGACAGGGUUUUUCUGUGUAACAGCUCUGGCUGUCCCGAAACUCACGGUAGUGUUUGAUAGAAAAGAAAAAAAAAAAAAAACACAAAACGAAUACUUAAUAUUCCUCACAGUGGCACACCGGAUUUGAGCCAAAAGUGGGAGGCGUGACUAGCUGCAGACAAUUCAACAGUCACACCUUUGAUAGGACCUUUGACCAAAGCUCUGCUGCAGGAACAAUAGUGAGGUGGACACCGAUCGCCUGUGCGGUUAGAGGGAUGGAAUCCAGAUGGGAUUCGGUCGCUAUUUUACAGAUAAUGCCGCGGCAGCCCCUUGGGAAGCCAGACUUGCCUGUGUUCCCGAGGUGACCUGGCUGCAAGCAUCUACCAGGGUUGAGGCCUUAACCUUCCAUCCUGUAGCUGGCGCCCCAGCCAGGUGACCACCCACGGAGGGCUGGGCGUGAAUAUGGCCACCGGACAGCGUGGGACCUGGUUUGGCUUCGGUUUCUGUGGCUUUGGGCAGGUGCCGGGCUCAGGGAGUGGGCGCCAUUCGGUGCACAGUCCUGAACCACUGUGUACCAGUGAUGGCAUUUGCCGAGUGAGUGCAAGCUGGAGCUACACCGCCGUGGUAACCUGUGGAGGCCGAGUGGAGCUCUCAGGUUCUGUCAACAGCUCAGCAAGUGGCUGCAGGGACGCGUGGGCUUCAGAGGGACUCCUGGUGCUGCUGCAUGACAAGGGCGGGUCCAGCACAGAGCUGCAGGCCUGGACCCCAGACUCGGCACUUCAGGGGGAGCCCCUCUGGGUCCAGAACCUGGUUCCUGGGGCAGAGGACCAAGGAGAAAAUGACCCCAGCAGUGAGGCUAUGGCGGGCACCCUGCCGCUGCUGCCCAGUGCCAGGGCCUAUGUGAACCCGCAGCUACCCUUCUGCCAACCUCUGGCCCCAGAGCUUCGGGUGCGCCAGCUGCAGCUGGGUGCAGAGCACGUGUUGCUGCUUUGUGAAGCUGGCCAGGUGUUCUCGUGGGGUGGAGGCAGGCACGGACAGUUGGGCCACGGGACUCUGGAGGCCGAGCUGGAGCCAAGGCUGUUGGAAGCCCUGCAAGGCCUGCGGAUGGCCGAGGUGGCUGCCGGUGGCUGGCACUCUGUGUGCCUGAGUGAAACUGGGGAUAUUUAUAUCUGGGGCUGGAAUGAGGCAGGGCAGCUGGCCCUGCCCAUAAAGAGCCCUGCAGAGGACGAGACAGCAGUGAGAGGGGAAGCUACAGAAUUGAAUGAAGAUUGCCUCAAAGGAGAGGAAGCAGCCAUGGCUGAUGUUGGAGCUCCUGCCCCCUUCAUAGCCAUCCAGCCCUUCCCAGCUCUACUGGAUCUUCCCACAGGCUCAGAUGCAGUCAAGGCCAGCUGCGGAUCCCGACACACAGCUGUGGUGACACGAGCAGGAGAACUCUAUACCUGGGGCUGGGGUAAAUAUGGACAGCUUGGCCACAAGGACAGCAGCAGCAUGGAUCGACCCUGCCGUGUAGAAUACUUUUCAGAAAAACAACUCCAAGUAAGGGCUGUCACCUGUGGACCCUGGAAUACCUAUGUGUAUGCAACAAAGAGAGAGAAAAUCUGAUAUAUAUGUCAGGUGAAUCCCCAGUUCGUUUAUGGUGCCUGGGUGAGAAUGAAUGAACUGUCAGAGGCACAUGGAAAGUUUACAGAAGAUUCCCCCCACCUUGGGAUUAAAGUGCAUGACUUAAAAAAAUCUCCAAGAUAAAUCUUGCAAAGCAUGUAUGAAAGAAUUGAAUGUAUAUAUAAAUGUUUAUUUUUGGACAGGGGUAUUUGUUUUUGCCAGGGAUCAAAAAACCCAAGACCUUCUAUGUGCUAGACAAGUAUCAAUAGCUUAUACCCUAGCCCAGCAGCUUUAAUAGUUGCAAAAUGAGAAAAUACCAAAACAUGAAAACGUGAAUAAAGUGGUGUUACCCAAA